UCAUCGUCCUCCUGCGAAGUCUGCGUCUCGGGGUUCGCUCCAUUUUGACGAGAGCAUUUGCAAGGCAUGGAAUGCGGACGAGUAAUCCCCACAUUUGCACCGCACGUGCAUCGAACCUCUCUCCUGACACUCUAAUCCAGGCAGGGUGGAUCUUAGCGCUACCGAGCGAGAUUUGAUGCGGAUUGGAUGAGUAGAAGCUGUUGACGGCGAGAGGGAGAGAGAGAGGACUUGUAUGCGGUCCCGGUGUAAGGACUAGAAUGAUUGGGGUGCGUGAGGGCCAUGGACGAGUAGUUCUCGUAGCGUUGGCUGAUUCGCGGAAGAGAAGCACGUGUUUCAAGCAAGCGGGAGCACAAUGUGGAGCACAUUCGAGAAAUUGAAGGACAGUGUCACGCAGAUUGCCUCGGAUGUGCUGGAUGCAGACGAGGAGCUUGAUGGAGAGGGUGCAUUUAAUGAUGGCGCAGUUGAGAGUCACUACCUUGGUAACCUGCAGGAGGCUCACCUUCAUGAAAGCGAUGGUGAUGGUGAUGGCGGACCAGCAGAGUUUCAUGCCACCGAGUUAGAUUAUUAUAAAGACAAGGAUGAUGACCUCCAGACCGAGGUGAAAGCUGCAAUGGCGAAGUACACUGGUCUUCUCGAAGAGAGAGAGACAGAGGUCUCAAUCCUGCGAGAAGAAAACAGGUUGCUGAAGGAGCAGUUGUUGCUCAACUGCACGAAGUUAGAUGCCUUGUCAGAAGCAGUAAGUGGCCAUGAACUAAAUGAAAAGGUUGAUCCUUCGUCCUCAAUAUUCAUUCAGGGUGAUCAACGGUUCAUUGAAGGAAAUGAGAAGCUAAAUGAACAUGUGGACGGUCCCAGGGAGCGACUUGAGAAAAGCAAAGCAUUGAUUGAGGGAACAGAGAAAGAACCUGAAAAAUUAUUUCCUGCAGAAGUCUUGGUAAAUUAUACAAUCAUUUCAGACCAUUUUGACACUCCGGAGACUCAAAUGCUCAAACGCAACUCAUCAAAUGACAAAGCAUCUAGUGAAUCUGGGGAAUCUGUGCUGCCAUUUCCGAAGGCGGAGCACACUGAAAGUGAUAAUUCAGUCAAAGAGCAGGAAUUACACAAAAAUUCUCUUGUCAAAGAAUCACAGGCAUUAAGAUCGAGUGAUGAGCAGGUGAGGUCCUUGUCUCAACGACUAAAAUCCUCAGAGGAAAUUUGCUGCUUGUUGCGAUCGAAACUUGAAGAAUUGUCACUUGAGCGAGACUCUCUUUCUAAGAAACUGGAGGAUGCAUUACUGGAAUCUGAGAAAUUGGAAGACAUGCAGCUGGAGCGAGACACACUUUUGAAAAAAAUGAAUGAGGUGUCUUUGGAGAGAGACAAAGCAUUCCAGAACUUGGGGAGAUUAAGGCAAAAUCUUCUAGACAUGGAAUCAUCAACAUCAGAGAAGAUGGACAAUGACAAUAUUCUUAUUGGAGACCUUGAAACGCGCCUAAAGUCCGCUGAAGAUUGUGUUGGCCAAUUGCAGCGAGCCCUAAGCAAAGCUCAAAAUGACCUGGCGCAGGCAACUAGAGAAAACGAUUUGAGAUCAAAGGAUUCCAAUGAAAAAAUUGAGCGUCUAAAACAAAAUUUACUUACGUGCUCUGAGGCUCUUGAGUCUAAAGACACAGAACUUGCGAAUCUUCAAAGAGCUCUUGGACAAUACUAUGCAGAAAGUGACGCUCAAGAGCGUUUGGAAUCGAAACAUCGUACUGUCAGGGAAUUGAAUACCACACUGACAAGAGAUUUGAAGAUUGCAGAGGGAAUUAUUGAUUUGAAAUCCAAGGAACUAGAAACAGUCACGAAGCAAUUGGACAGUGCUAAAUCCCAGAAUAUAGAUUUGAAGAGCGAUUUACACAAGCUGCAGCAAGAAGUGCAAAAGCUCCGUGCUGCACUCGAGCAGUCCAUCACAAGCCUCAAUCGGAUGUCGUCUGACUCAGAUUUCUAUGUUGAUAGGCGCAUUGUUAUUAAGCUACUAGUGACUUACUUUCAAAGGCAUCACAGCAAAGAGGUUCUGGAUCUUAUGGUACGCAUGCUGGGAUUCUCGGAAGAGGAUAAAAGGCGUGUUGGGCUUGCCCAACAAAAUGCUCGAUCUGGUGGGAUGGUUCGUGGUGUUUUUGGUGUACCCAGUCGCAUUGUUGGAGGCAUUCUUGGAAGCUCAGAUUCAGACACUUCUUCACUAGCUGCUCCUGGUGAAAAUUCGUCUUUUGCAGAUAUGUGGAUUGAUUUCCUGCUCAAGGAGUCACAGGAAAGGGAGCGACGAGAGAGGGAAGGAGGCACUAGUGAAAUCAGUGCUGCCCCUACGUCACUAAUGGCCAAUCUAACACGGUCAAUGCCGUCGUCCCCCUCCGGCGGUCAUCAUAGACUCAGUAGUUUCUCUGGUUUUCCUUCCCUCUUACCUCCGAAUCCUAGCAGGGGUUCAUCUUCCUCUGACUUGCAAAGCAUCUUAGCUGGGGAUCCUCUUAACAAUACUUCAUCAUAGCUUACUCCACGGACUAUAUUGUAUUCCAGCUGCAAUGGACUUGCAAUGGACUUGAAAGAUAGCUCAAGACUUGCUAUUGCACAUGCGCAUUCUUUCGGUACCGAGUGUUGGAUCUUGCAAUUAGAAACUUCUUGAUAGCAAAAAAAAUUUGUCCGCCCUUCUAUUAAGGCCUAAGUUUCUGGCUUGCUAUGGAGCCCUCGACAUCUGCUGGCGAGGUCUAGAUCUUCAGGAUGAUUCCAGUCCACUUCUGUGCAGUAUUCCUAGCGCGGUCACAUCUCAUCUGAAUAAAGAGUUUUCAAAGGGUUCUUUUGAGCACUUUGGAAGUCAUCGGCAUUCUCUGAA